GUGCCGCUGCCAGACCUGCUGCGGGGCCUGCGGAGGGAGCACGGCCCGCUGCUCCUGCUGCAGACGGGCCCCGUGCGCCAGGUGUGGGUCGGCAGCGAGGAGGUGCUGCGCCAGGUGUACGAGCUGCCGGGGUGCUGCGGGAGGCCGGCCUCGUUCGAGGACCCAUUCGGCAACUUCCUGUUCCUCACGAAGGAGCCGGGCCAGGCCGCGGCGAUCAAGGCGGCGCAGAGGGCCUGGCUGGAGGCCAACAUCAACGCCCCGGCGGUCUCCGCCGGUGGACGGCGCGAUGCCGCCGCUCUGGCGCGCGCUGGACGACGGAGGGCACCGGGGCUGGCCGGCGGAGGCCGUGAAGUCCGCCAUGUACGGUGCCGUCACCACCGCACUGCUGGGGAAGGCCGGCGUGAUGUCCGACGACGAGCUCGUCGACUUCAUGGGGGCCGUGACGGAGUACACCGAGAUGCGCACCAAGAGCAAGCUCGGCAACAAGAAGGACGACAAGCCCGAGCCCCCGCCGGGGUCCGUGAGGAUCAAGGAGGUGCUCCUCGGGGCCAUGAGCCGCGCGGGGCGCAGCGACGCGGACGUGGCGCUGCCCCUGAUGGUGGCCGCCUCCAUCGGCGGGGCAGAGAUCUUCCCGACUCUGCUGCACUGGGUGUUCCUCUACUUCGCCGCGCACCCCUCCUGCCAAGAGGCGGCCGCGCGAGCGGCGGAGGCGAAGGACCAGCGGGAGCUGAUGCGCCUCCUCUACCGGGUCCUCCGCCGCACGGCCUACUCGGUGGCGCUGGGCCCCCCGCGCAAGAUCCUGGAGGACACCGAGUUCCAGGGCAUGCGCCUCCCCGAAGGGGCGCUGCUCUUCGCGAUGCACCCGGCGCUCGUCGACGAGGCCCUCGGCGCCGAGCCCGCGGACGACGACGACUUCUCCACGUACGCCUUCGGCGUGGGGCCCCGCGCCUGCCUGGGGCAGCUGCUGACGGAGGCGCUGCUGCCCGCCGCCGUGGGCGCCCUCCUCGGGCGGUACCGCGUGACGGCCGCGGCCUCGCGGUGGCCCUUGCCGCGCGAGCUGAG